AUGGAUGAUGGGCGGCCCAUCCGGAUAAGGCCCGAUCCAGAUGGGUCGGGUCGCGGUGAGUGCGGUGGUGGUGUGGCGGAGGAAGAGGAGGAGGAGGUGGAGGAGGAGAUGGAGGAUGGUGUGCGGUGGGCCGUGGAGGUGGGGAUUUGGGCUGUGUGUUUUGGGGUGGGAUACUUGAUUUCUGUUUCUACCUCCAAGAGAUUAUUGAAUUUGAGGAGGAACAAAUUUAAAUCAGCCGCCGUGCUACCCAUAUCCCCCUCGCCGCCACCGCCGCCGGAGGACGACCACCCAACUCAGGAACUCGAAGUCAUGUCGUCGAACGAAUUCUUGCUAGUCGACUCGAUUUCCGAUGGUUGGCACUUGCUAAACCCCCCAUUUUCCGAGGGGUGGCACCGUGACGAGUUGUCGAGCUACACUUACGACCUUCUCUUCAAAAUUUGCAGUGUCGCUUUCUCGAUGGGCGUUCGAGACGGGCGGGUCGAGAUAUCUGAGACGAGCCCCCAUUUCACGAGCGCUGCCGCAGCCGAUUGUUCGGAGCUUCGCUUAGCUGUUUCCACGGGAAAGCCUUUUAAGGAGGUAUGCCUCUCUCAUCGCUCGACCGGACAAAUGCUUAAUCUCCCCCCACUCGUCAACCGUUGUGUAUAUCCCCGAAUGCAGUUGUGGGGAGUGGCGCACGUUCCCGAAUCCAUGGAUUGCAAAGUGGUUCAAUUAGCAAACACAAUACAUACACUCAAUAAGAGGCGCACUCGUGUAUAA